AUGCAGUUCUACCCUAAGGCGCGCGAGCAGCGGCCUAGCAUUCAUCACCCGUCUGUUCGGCCACGUCGAUUGGCUGUGCUCAAGGCCGCGACCGUCAAUCUUUUCCUUCUUCAGAUUCUCUUCCUAGGUCUUUUCUGUUACAUCUUUGGAUCUCUUUUCCAACAAUCAACCCAUAUCCACAACAUUAAUGUUCUAUUUGUCGACUACGAUGGCGGUGCGAUCGGCGAUGCAGUUCGCGACGCGUAUCAGGAGCUCGAGGGUGCCGGAUUUCCAACCCUGAUUGAGCGCCCGGCUUCUCUGUACCCGCAGAUAGGUGAGAUCGAAGGUGCCGUAUGCGACAUCAAAUUCUGGGGAGGUCUCUACAUUACGUCCAAUGCCUCUGAUGCCCUUACUGCUGCAUUUGCUGGUGGAUCAGCUGCUUCAUCAUAUGACAACGCCAAUGUCAUUACGAUGGUCUGGAACGAAGCACGGUACCCAACAGUGGUUGACUCUGCUCUCGAAACAAAUCUGAAGUCUCUAUCAGAAGCUGCACGGGUCGCGUAUUCGAAAACGAACGGAGAGCAGGAUCUCAAGACUCUGAACACAUCCGAUCCAGCCGCACUUGCAGCCUUCACCAACCCAUGGACAUUGGCCUCGACCAAUAUUCAACCCACAUCACAAGGGUCUCGCCUGAUCUACAACACUCUGGUCAUCAUUUUGAUUUUGAUUCAAGAAUUCUUCUACCUGGGUACCGUGAACGGUCUAUACGCUCAGUUCAACCUGUAUACGUCGGUGACCCCCCAUCGAAUCGCCAUUGUACGUCUGAUCAUUUCGAUGAUUUACACGUUCGUCGGAUCACUUUGCACUGCGGGCGCGAUUUGGGCCUUCCGACACGGCUGGCAUGUCAACGGGAGCCAAUUUGUGCUGACAUGGAUGGCACUGUGGCUCUUCGCGCAUCUGAACUUCCUUGUCCUGGACGUGUUCACCAUUUGGCUCCCACCACCCUACGUUCCAAUGGCGUUGAUCACCUGGAUUAUAACGAAUGUCACAUCAAUCUUGCUCCCUUUCGAGCUUUCUCCGGGUUUCUACAAAGUAGGCUUUGCAUUGCCUGCGCACAGCGUCUUCCAAGUGCUGAUUGAUAUCUGGUCGGGAGGCUGUAACCCUCAACUAGAUUACGCCUUGCCGGUCAUGUUUAUUUUUGAGAUUCUCGGCGUUGUGCUUAGCUCCGUUGGUGUUUAUCGUCGAUCACACUAUGCCGCUCUCAAAAAGGAAACUGACGAGAAGGCACUUGAAGACCGAGUUGCGGCGGCUUUGUCCGACCAACAAGCGGCUUCAUUGGUACGACAACAGACUCUUCAGGAUGGACAGGAAAGUGGGACAUCCGACACCGAUAACGAGGAGGGGGCUGUGCGGCCAAGGCGUGGUACUGUCACGACCAUGGCGGAACAAGAAGAUCUGGUUAACAUCAUUCGACGGGAGAUUUCAAAGCCGCAGAUGGACAAGUCGGACGGCAGGGAUCUUACCGGGCCAUCUUUUGCUUUGCCCUACAAGGACUGA